UCGCGCGUUACGCAGACGCGUCUCCUAUAACCUUGGGGUAUAUAAAGUCUAGAAGAGGCUGCGAACGGCAACGGCCUGAGUCUGGACUUGAGAAACUCUUCUGCUGUUAAGAGCUCAGAUCGAGAAAUAUAGCAGCAGACCGAGAGAUCAUGGGGAGGAAGAUGGAUGUUCUUCUUGGAAGGAACAGCAAGGAGUCUAAGAUCAAGACCCUCUCGAAACUUGCCAUCUCUAGGAUGGCCAUCCUUAGAAAAAAUCGAGAAGUUCGACUGUCUCAUGCCUGGUCGGAUGUCAUUCAGCUACUGAGCCUCGGACACCAAGAACGCGCUCUUCUCCGCGUUGAGCAUGUAAUUAAGGAGCAGAAUAUGGUGGAUGCAUUUUGCAUCUUGGAAUGCUACUGCCACAUCCUUGGGCAGAGGGGAAUGCUCAUGCAAAAGAACAUGGAAUGUCCCGAGGAGCUCAAAGAGGCAGCGUCUAGCUUGACAUUUGCAGCUUCGAGGUGCGGGGACUUCCCUGAGCUCCAGGGGAUCCGCACUGUCGUCACAAAGAUAUAUGGGAAAGAGUUUGUGGCUCGAGCAGUUGAACUACGCAAGAAUUGUGCAGUGAAUCCUAGGGUCAUCGAGAAGUUCUCCACCAGACAACCGAGCGUGGAAAGUAGGAUGAAGGCACUAAAAGAAAUCGCCUACGAAAACGGAAUGAUUUUGCACUUCAAGAAUGCUGCUGAUGAGGAAAAAGCAGGCAUAAAUUACGAGGACAAGCGACUUGAACACAGUUUAACAAGUUCUGGAUUCACAGAUGACACCUGUGAUGCACCUGAAGAGAUAAGCGAGGAUGAGGGCUUCUCCGACUCCAUGGAGUGGAGGGAGUACAACGACGUGGUUGGCACAGCUCAAGACUCAUUUGAAUCAGUGGCUCAUGCAGCUGCCGCUGCAAGAGCCGCUGUGAGACUAUCAGCAUCGGGAUCAGGGGACCAUGAUCCCGAUGAUCAAUGUAACUUAAAUGACUCGGGGGAAAUAUCACCAUCUACAUAUCAAAAUGACCUAUAUGAAGCUCCAGAGGAAGUAGACGUAGAUCCCUAUCCUGACAGGCCGAUUUGUGACAACAUCUAUCCAGUGUAUUACUCAGACUCGGAAGAAGAAGAAACAGAAGCCGAUCGAAUUUAUCUUGAAACGAGGGAGAAGAACGAAAGGCAAAUGCAUCAGAAUAGUCGGCUAGUGGCUCUACACUUAAACUAGGAUAGGAACAAUCUAAACGAGAUGAUUGCAUCUUCGACACCAUGGAGCCAGACAGAGCCCUCCCGACAAUAGAAUGUGGUUUGACACCAAUAACAACCAUUCAAACGAAACGUGGGGGCGGAAGAAGGUAUUGGCUAUAAGCUGUGAAAUUGAACAGAGAUAUAAAGUUUAGAUCACCCAUGAAUGAGUUCCUUAAUCCUGCAAAAUAUGAUGAAGUUGUAGAUGAAUGCUUCCUGAAUAGGAAUCAAAGUACAGAGCUAUUGAGCAGAUCUAAACAGGAACAGGAACAACGGGACUAGUUCAGUGAACAAAAUAAAAAUAAAAAAAAGUUCGUUCCUAGGUUCCACUAUUCUUUGUUGAUUUCUCAUGUAUUCGCUCCAAAAUUCAACUAUUCUUUUGUUGAUUUA